AUGAUUAGCGCCAAGGAAUUUAACCCUGAAGCAGCACAAGAAAAUACUGGCUUGCAAAAUUUUGGAGAUGCAGAAGAAACGUUCUCUUUUUGUAAUCUUUCAUUAAACAACUGCGACAGUGCUUGUAGGGAUAACCACUCCAAACAAGAUCGACAAGAUUUCUUUCAGUUUCCCACCGAAGAAUUAGCCAGUACUGCCUCUACAGCUUAUUCCUCAGACAGCAUCAUCUUUUGUGGAAAGGUCAUACCUUACAAAGGAGAACAGGUCGUAGCUGAAGAAGAACAGAAAAUGGAAAUUGCAGACGAACCAAAAGAAAACACGAACAAGUCCAUGUUGCCAUCAAAAUUAUCACACUCUUCCAGUAAAUCAACUGAGAGAGCUGCCGCAAGAAGCAAUGCUUCACCGAGGAAAACGAAACAAGAAAAGAGUACUGACCACAAGGAUUGUGAAAAUACUGACAAAGGGCAUGCAAGUAGGAAAUUAAGUGCUGAUAAGAGUGAUUCUUCGAUGAGAAAGGAAUCGAACUUGUCAUCCUCGAUGAGUUCAGGACGUCAUUCGAAUAGACUGGGAGUUGGGAAGCUUCCAACGGAGAUGGAUUUGAGUGAUACGAAGACGAGGCAAAGUAAGAGGAGUUCACCUCCAGCCAGGAUGUUUUCACCUGAAACUGAGAGUGGUCAAAAGGGUAAGAGUAGCAAAGGAAAGAGAGAGAAGGGUUUGUGUGGUUUGUGUAGGGGUAAAUCUUCAGUUGAUUGCACUCCACCAGUUUGA